AUGGGUCCACCAAGUCACAAAUCACAUGUCUCCAAAAGAACAAGAAGGUUAAGAAUUAUCUAUGAUGACCCAGAUGCAACAGAUUCAUCAUCAGAUGAAGAAAAUCAUUAUGUCCAGGAACAAGGUAAGAGGAAGAGAUGUGUGCUUGAACUUGCCAUCCCUAAUUCUUCCAUUAACGCUGUUUGUCCGGUUGAAACAGUGACGGAUAAGAAUAAGAGUCGUACAAAACCAAAACCUAUAGUUAGACAACCUUCUUGCAAAUAUAAAGGUGUUCGAAUGAGGAAAUGGGGUAAAUUUGCUGCUGAAAUUCGUAACCCAUUCAAGGGUACACGCGAAUGGCUGGGAACCUUUGACACAGCUGAAGCGGCUUCACAUGCAUAUCAAACUAAAAGACAUGAAUUUCAAGUCAUUGCUAAUCGGCGGUUGGCUUAUGAGAAGAGCCGCAAGAGUUUCAAGAAUGUUGUUUCUAAAAAAUCAAAGAUUGGUAUGUUACAUAAAUCUUCAUCUUCAUCUUCGCCCGGCUUAGUUAAUCGCGUUCCUAAAUUGGUUGAGAGGGCUAAGAUUUCAUGUAAUGAACCUAUUGUUGAGAGUCUAAGUCUUUUGGUACAGAAACCGAAUGUCGUUGAGGAUUCGGAUAUGACAUUGCUUGAAUCGGAUUGGUUAAUAUUUGAUGGUUUAGGGCAGGGUUUGGAUGAUCUUGGUUGCCUUGAUGACCUUCAACUAUUUGAUUUUGAUAUGAAUGAAGCAAUUGAUUUUUCAAAUUUUAACUUUUAUGAGUUUGAGUCAAAUAAUUUUCUUGAUGAUGUUGGUGCUGAUUAUGUUGAUGUUGAUGCUGAAUCUGUUGACGAAGAUGAGAUUGCUAGCUGGAUUGAAGAACCCUAUAAUACACCGUCUCCAUAA